AUGAUGCUCACUCCCAACCCCUCACUCCCAACCCCUCACUCCCAACCCCUCACUCACAAACCCUCACUCCCAACCCCUCACCCCCCUCACUCCCAACUCCUCACUCCCAACCCCUCACUCCCAACCCCUCACUCCCAACCCCUCACUCCCAACCCCUCACUCCCAACCCCUCACUCCCAACCCCUCACUCCCAACCCCUCACUCCCAACCCCUCACUCCCAACCCCUCACUCCCAACCCCUCACUCCCAACCCCUCACUCCCAAACCCUCACUCUCGACUCCUCACUCCCAGCCCCUCACUCCCAACCCCUCACUCCCAACCCCUCACUCCCAAACCCUCACUCUAAACUCCUCACUCCCAACCCCUCACUCCCAAACCCUCACUCUCAACUCCUCACUCCCAACCCCUCACUCCCAACCCCUCACUCUCAACCCCUCACUCCCAUAGCUACUCUCUCUCGGUUAUAA